AUGCCUUUCCACAAGCUCGUCAAGAACAGCGCUUACUACAGCCGCUACCAGACCAAGUACCGUCGUCGCCGUGAGGGUAAGACCGACUACUAUGCCCGUAAGCGCUUGAUCACCCAGGCCAAGAACAAGUACAACGCCCCCAAGUACCGCCUGGUCGUCCGCUUCACCAACCGCGACAUCAUCACCCAGAUCGUCUACUCUGAGAUCUCCGGUGACAAGGUCUUCGCCAGCGCCUACUCCCACGAGCUCAAGCGCUAUGGCAUCACCAACGGUCUGACCAACUGGGCUGCCGCCUACGCCACCGGUCUCCUCCUUGCCCGCCGUACCCUCAAGAAGCUCGGCCUGGAUGAGCAGUUCCCCGGUGUUGAGGAGGCCGAUGGUGAGUACACCCUCACCGAGGCUGCUGAGACCGACGAGGGCUCCCGCCGCCCCUUCAAGGCUUUCCUUGAUGUUGGUCUUGCUCGUACCUCCACUGGUGCCCGUGUCUUCGGUGCCAUGAAGGGUGCCUCCGACGGUGGUAUCUUCGUCCCCCACUCCGAGAGCCGCUUCCCCGGUUUCGACAUCGAGUCCGAGGAGCUCGACGCUGAGACUCUCCGCAACUACAUCUUCGGUGGCCACGUCGCUGAGUACAUGGAGGGUCUUGCCGACGACGAUGAGGAGCGUUUCACCUCCCAGUUCCACAAGUACCAGGAGGCUGGUAUUGAGGCUGGUGACAUUGAGGAGCUCUACACUGAGGCCCACAAGGCCAUCCGUGAGGACCCCUUCAAGAAGGACGAGGAUGCUGGUGAGAAGAAGACCAAGGAGGAGUGGAAGGCCGAGAGCAAGAAGUUCCGCCAGCAGCGCCUCACCCGCGAGCAGCGCAAGGAGCGUGUUGAGCAGAAGAUCCGUGAGCUUGCUGCUUAA